CGUGACUCGCGAAACGGGAAGUGAGUGAAUCAUGAUCAGAUGUCUUCGCUGGUCUUGGAAACUAAAGCGGUGUUAAUGCAUUAAGGAAGCUUUUGAGGUGUUCUUUUCACUUCUCUUGGGAUUUCCACUGAUUUCAUACUGGUGUUGGAGAAGUUAGUCAACUACUGCAAAAAGUCAAGCUCUCAAGCCUACGAAGUUUAACUCCAAGAGGAGUCGAUAACAAAGGUGGUGACCAUGGGGUCCUUCUUUCGGAGUGAGGAAGUUUGCCUGGUUCAACUUUUCCUUCAGUCCAGCUCAGCGUACAACUGUGUCAGUGAACUGGGUGAACUUGGAAUAGUGGAGUUCAGAGACUUGAAUCCCAACGUAAAUGCAUUUCAGAGGAAAUUUGUGGGUGAGGUGAGACGCUGUGAGGAAAUGGAGAAGACCUUCGCCUUUCUGGAGCUGGAGAUCGGCCGUUCCCUCUCCCCCACGCUGCGGAGCCCUCUGCACCCACCUGUGCCCACACCCCCGGCUCCCCAACCCAGAGAGCUGCUCACCAUCGAGGAAGAGAGUGAAAGGCUUUCUCGAGAACUGAGAGAGGUGUCCAGGAACAGAGACAGUAUGCGUGCUCAGCUAACUCAGCUGUGCCAAUACCGUGGAGUCCUCAGCCAGACCCAUUCCAUCACGGCAUCCCAGUCUGCACCUCAAUCCUUUGAAACGGCCGGCUUCCUGGAGAACAGGCAGGAUGUGCGCCUGAGCUUUGUGGCGGGCGUGGUGCACCCAUGGAAAGUACCUGCCUUCGAGCGGCUGCUGUGGAGGGCAUGCCGCGGCUACAUCAUCGUCGACUUCUGUGACAUGGAGGAGAGGCUCGAACACCCUGACUCUGGCGAGAUGAUUCAGUGGAAGGUGUUCCUCAUCUCCUACUGGGGAGACCAGAUUGGCCAAAAAGUCAAAAAGAUCUGUGACUGCUUCCACACACAGACCUUCCCAUACCCAGACAAUGUCAGCGAGAGGGAGGAGAUCCUCAGUGGACUGGGUGGCAGGAUUGAGGACAUAAAGUCGGUGAUGUCUGAGACGGAGCAGUACCUGCAGCAGCUGUUGGUCAAGGCUCUGGCCGUGCUGCCAGGGUGGAAGGUGCGCAUGCAGAAGUGCAAGGCCAUCUACAUGGUGCUGAAUCAAUGCAGCCCCUCAGUCACCGAGAAGUGCCUGAUCGCCGAGGCCUGGUGCCCCGUCUCCCAGCUGCCUGCCCUGCAGAGCGCCCUCAGGGAGGGAGGGAGGAAGAGUGGCAGUUCCGUGGACUCAUUCUACAACAGACUUCCCACCACGGUCUCCCCUCCAACCCUCUUCCCCAUGAACUCCUUUACCGCUGGCUUCCAAAACAUUGUAGAUGCUUAUGGAGUAGCCACCUACAGGGAGGUCAACCCAGCGGUGUACACCAUCAUCACGUUCCCCUUCCUGUUUGCGGUGAUGUUUGGGGAUGUGGGCCACGGGCUGCUCAUGGCUGUGGCUGGCCUCUGGAUGGUGCUGGAGGAGAAGGACCCCAAACUGAGGAACAACACUAACGAGAUCUGGCGUAUGAUGUUUGGCGGGCGCUACCUGAUCCUGCUGAUGGGGCUGUUCUCGGUCUACACGGGGGCCAUCUACAACGAGUGCUUCAGCCGCGGCAUGAGCCCCUUCCCAUCGGGCUGGAGCGUACAGGCCAACGCACAGUACUACAACUGGACAUCUAAGAUAAUAAGUACCACUCCGUUCCUCUCCUUGGAUCCCAAUGCCCCAGGAGUGUUCACUGGACCCUACCCUUUUGGGAUUGACCCGAUUUGGGGUUUGGCCAAUAAUCGCUUAACCUUCCUGAAUUCAUACAAGAUGAAGAUGUCUGUAAUCAUUGGAGUCAUCCACAUGACAUUUGGAGUCUGUCUGUCCUUCUUCAACUAUGUGCACUUUAAGCAGAUAAGCUCUGUGUUCUUGGUCUUGAUCCCUGAGCUGAUCUUCAUGCUGUGUCUGUUUGGGUACCUGGUCUUCAUGGUGUUUUUUAAGUGGCUGGCCUACAAGCCAGCAGACUCCUUCAAGGCACCCAGCAUUCUCAUCCACUUCAUAGAUAUGUUCCUGUUUGCAGAAAACAGUGGUAACCCCCCUCUCUAUGAAGGACAGAUGAUUGUGCAGAAGGUGCUAGUGGUGGUAGCUUUGUGCUCUGUGCCUGUGCUACUCCUGGGUAAGCCCAUUCAUCGGUACCUACAGCACAAGAAGAAAGGACGCCAUCCCACGGGAGAUCGGCGGCCACUGCUGGCAGAGAACGGUUCUAUAAAUGCGCCACCAGGGGAGGUAGAGAGUGGCGUGCAUGCUGAAGAGCCAAGUGAGGAGGAGUUUGAUAUGGCAGAUGAGUUCAUGCACCAGGCCAUCCACACCAUAGAGUACUGCCUCGGCUGCAUCUCCAACACUGCUUCCUACCUGAGACUCUGGGCCCUCAGCUUGGCCCAUGCACAGCUGUCUGAGGUGCUGUGGACCAUGGUGAUGAGGAAUGCACUGAAACAAGACAUGCCGUUUGUGGGCAGCAUUUUGGUGGCGGCCAUCUUCGCUGGCUUUGCUGUGCUCACCGUGGCCAUCCUGCUGGUCAUGGAGGGACUCUCUGCUUUUCUACAUGCACUUAGGUUGCACUGGGUGGAGUUUCAGAAUAAGUUCUACAGUGGAACAGGCUACAAAUUCAACCCCUUCGCAUUCACAGCCAUCAUUAAUAUUUCAAUAGGGAAUUAACAGAUGGCGUUUUAACGGACAUUUGUUCAAAUCUUUACAAUGUAAUCAUGCAAUUUGUCUGCACUAAGGGCUCCCGCUAUUUUUCCAAAUGUACAUUCAGUGAUCAUAAGUUUAGCUUUUUGUUUGUUUGUUUGUUUUGAUUGAGAUCAGUCAUCUUUGGUGAUGUGUAAUUUUUGAUCAUUCCUGUUGCCGACUUUACAUGCCAAAUCAUUGUCACUGAAGUCUAUUUUGUCUAUUUUUAUUUUUUUGAUUAAUUGUUGUCAAUGUAACAGACUCAAAUGGUUACAUAAACAUCCAUACUUUGUGA